AUGGGGGCCAGCUGGGCUAGGAAGACAUUCAAUAUCAGGUGUUUUUACCUGCAGCUGUGGCAGUAUGGGCAGUGGGUGGACGUGAUUGUGGAUGACCGGCUGCCCUCCAGAGACGGGAAGCUGCUGUUCGUCCACUCGGCAGAGGGAGGAGAGUUCUGGAGCGCUCUGCUGGAGAAAGCUUACGCCAAGGUGAACAGCUCGUACGAGGCCCUGAGCGGAGGUUCGAGCAUUGAAGGCUUCGAGGAUUUCACUGGAGGGAUCUCUGAGAGCUACGACCUGAAGAAAGCUCCGCCCUUCCUGUUCAACGUCGUGAGGAAAGCUCUGAAGCUCGGCUCGCUGCUCGGCUGCUCCAUCGAUAUUUCCAGCUCAUAUGAGACGGAGGCCAUCACCGGUCAGAAGCUGGUCAAAGGUCACGCCUACUCCAUCACUGCAGCACAGCAGGUUCUUCACUAUGGUUCUCAAGUGCAGCUGCUGAGGAUGAGGAACCCCUGGGGUCAGGUGGAGUGGACCGGAGCCUGGAGUGACACGUCAAAGGAGUGGGACGGAGUUGAUCCUGAAGAGAAGAAGAAGCUCGAUCAUUCUGCUGAUGACGGAGAGUUCUGGAUGUCGUACACAGACUUCCUGCAUCAGUUUUCCCGCCUCGACAUCUGUAAUCUGACACCAGACACUCUGAGCAGCGACGUGAUUGGUCGAUGGAACUUCUCUGAGUUUGAGGGCGACUGGAGGGUCGGCUCCACCGCCGGAGGCUGCAGGAACUACCCAGCCACAUUUUGUUCCAACUCUCAGUUCUUCAUCAGUCUGGACGACGAAGACGACGAGCCGGACGACGGAGAGAACGGCUGCACCGUCAUCAUCGGUCUGAUGCAGAGAGAUGCUCGCAGGGAGAAACGCUUCGGAAGAGACCUGAACACCAUCGGGUUCUCCAUCUACCAGGUUCCUGAUGAGUUUAAAGGUCGCAGUGACGUCCACCUGGGUCCGGACAUCCUGCUGAGGAGGAACGCUGUCGCUCGCAGUCAGAACUUCAUCAACCUCAGAGAAGUGUGCGACCGCUUCAAGCUGCCGCCGGGAGAUUACGUCAUCAUCCCCUCUACCUUUGACCCACACCGCAAAGGAAGCUUCAUCCUGAGGGUGUUCACAGAGAAACAGGCCCACACCAGUCCGAUGGAAGAAAACGUAAAUGCUGACAUUCAAGAGCCUGAUGUCGGACAGAAAGACGUGGAUCCUCACUUCAAACAUCUCUUCGUCCAGAUCUCUGGAAACGACUCUGAAAUCUCCGCCUUCGAGCUCCAACAGAUUUUGGACAAAGUUGUUGCUCAGAGAUCUGAUGUCAGAACCGAUGGCUUCAGUCUGCAGACCUGCCGUGACAUCAUCAGCCUGCUGGACAUAGACGGCAGCACUAAACUGGGUCUGCUGGAGUUUCACCGUCUGUGGAAGAAGAUCCAGAAAUACCUGGAGAUCUUCAAGAGUCACGACUCUGACGGUUCUGGUACGAUGAGCAGUCAUGAGAUGAGAGCCGCUCUCAAUGAAGCUGGGUUCCAGGUAAACAGCUCUUUGAUCCAUCAGAUCGUCGUCAGAUUCUCUGAUCAAAGUUUCUCCGUUGACUUUGACUGUUUCAUCGGAUGUUUGAUCCGACUGGAGCUUCUGUUCAAGAUGUUCAGAACUCUGGACAAGAAGAACCAGGGGAAGAUCGAGCUGGACCUGCAGCAGUGGGUCUGCCUCGCCAUCAACUGACCACCGGCCACUCCAGGAGCAUGCUGGGAGAUUUCCAUCUGUGGAGAUUAAAGCUGAUGAACAGCUGUUGUUGUUUAAAUAAAAACUGUUGUGGUUCAUCUUCAUCAUCAGAAACAGGAAGUCUGUUUAUUGUGUUCAAUCUGUGAAAACUUUAUUCAUCAGUGUGG